AUGACAUCACGGCCGGGCUGCGGCAGCGCGGGCGCGCGGACAUGGCUGCUACGGCUCCGGCGGCAGCCGCGGGCUGCGCCCGGGCCUGAGCGUCCAGCGCCAUCCCGCGGGGCCGCCCGCCGGUCCGCACCGUCCGGGGGGCACGGGCCGGGCGCCCCUCCGUUCCCGGACGCCCGGGCUGCCACCUCUCCAGCCUCCCGUGCCCAGAUCGCUGGAAGCCCGGCGACAGGGGGCGCCCCGGAGCCACGGGGAGACCGCGAGGCGCCGACUGGAGCCUGCAGGCGGUGCUGCCCCUGCUUCCCACCUCCCCGCGCCCCACCCCGAGGCUGGGGCUUCGGAGGAUGCAGCUGGAGAGACCCGUAUUCGGGAAAUGCCUUUCUGCCCGGUGAGAGCUCCAGUGAGGAUGAAGACCCUCUAGCAGAAUUGUCGAAGGAGGAAUUGUGCACAAAAAUAAGAGGCCUGAAACAAAAACUAACAAACAUCCGGAAAGAAAACAGCCGCCUUCGACAGUCUUUAGUCAUGCUUCAAGUUUUACCUCAGGCCGUCACCCAGUUUGAAGAAUUGGUUGGUAUGGCGGAGGCCCUGCUCAAGGGUGGAGGAACCCUGUCCACGUCUGCGUCCACCCUCUGGAGAGCAACAAAUAACUCCUCACCAGAUUCAUUUGCCUCCACAUGUAGUAAUUCUAAUUCUAAUUACAGUUCACCAAUUUCCUUGAAAACUGAGGAGGAGCAUCACGUGGAUGAGAAACAGUUCAAGAUUGAAAAAUGGCAGAUUGCCCAUUGCAACAAGAGCAAGCCUCAGAAGUUUAUUAAUGAUUUAAUGCAAGUGCUCUACACAAAUGAAUACAUGGCCACACACAGCCUGACGGGGGCAAAAUCCUCUACUUCAAGGGACAAGGCAGUGAAACCAGCUAUGAAUCAGAAUGAAGUUCAAGAAAUCAUAGGAAUCACAAAACAAUUAUUUCCCAACACAGAUGAUGUUUCAAUUAGGAGAAUGAUAGGGCAAAAGCUAAACAACUGUACCAAGAAGCCAUAUUUGAGCAAAAAUCUGAACUCUCAGGAUAUUAAGUAGAUCCUUUCGGUAUUAUAGUUACCUGAAACAAAAGAACCUUCAGUAGUAAAUCUAACAUUGGAUUUUGCUGGAGACUCUGCAGCCUCCCUGGCAGUGAGCACAGGGACAGGUGCAGUGAGUGACAGGCUGGGAGAAACCUGCGACAUUGUUGGGCCGCCCUGAUGGAGCACAAGCUUGUGAAGAAGCUGCAUGUAGAUUUCACCCUCAGUACCAGUGAGGCAUCAAACCAGAGAAUUUCUAGCAGGCCCAUGAGCAUGCAAUAUGGUUUCUUGGAAAUAUGCACUUUCCCACCCCAAAGUGGUCCUUUGUACAGCUAAACUAACAGGACAAUCAGAGCUCUUACCCUAGCAACAAAAACUUUAACCCCUAAGAUUCAUCAUUGUCCUAAUCAAUCCCUGUACAUUUAUUAUUACCAAUGACUCUCCAUUUUAGCUUUUGGAUCUUUAGUAUAAGCACAUGUUUGGAAAAGUAAACAGUGAAAUAAUCAAUGUUCACAAACAUGACAGCAGCAAAAUCAGCCUAAAAUCUGAUAAUCAUAUCUAAUGAAGUAACAGAGUUUUGGCAAUAAGAUUACAGGAUUAUUCUGUUACAUAAAAUUGU